AAGAGGAUCAAGGCAGUACUCCAUUUGAGAGUAUCGACAUCAUCUUGCACUAUUCACCCUGUCAUUCAUCAAACGCCACGUACAACACAAAUACAGCACUCCAACCUUGACCAGCAGAGGCCUCCGAUCACAGACCGCCCUCAACCUGACACACCCUCACCAUGUCUCAACGCGACCCCGAUCUCCACAACGCCAUCUCCCUCCGGCCGAUGCCAUUCCAGCACACCUACGCUGCAGACCACCAUCGAUCCUCUUCGCGCAUUCAAACUCCCGAGCCAGCACAAUCCAGCUCAUCUCCCACCAAGCCAGGCGCCAGCUCCGCCGUUGAACCCUUGCCAGCGGUAAGCGGAGCGCACGAACGACCAGCCUACCACCGCAACAGCAGCGACAGCGAUCGAGACGACGUCGAGCGACAGAACAGUCUUCCUGGCUACGAAGCAACCAAUGAUCCAUUCAAACUGCGGGAGUCGAUCAAGAAUAUUGAAGACGAGAAGAAGGCCCGGGCAAACACCAAAGCCAAGCGGGUAUGCCAACCUAUCUCUUCGGGACAGGAGAAGGUCAAAUCACACAAGAUCAUCAAAUUCUAUGAAAAUCAGAACGACAAGAUUGAGAGGCUGUUGAAGCCAGUGGACGAUCACGUUCGGGAGGCAAAGGAGCAGGAAGGUGCCGAUGCAUUGCAGUUCAAGAUUGCUGUCAAUGGAAGCUUUGCGGCGAAUAUCAUUUUGGCCAUCCUGCAGAUCUACGGUGCGGCAGCAUCGGGCAGUCUGUCGCUGUUCACGACCAUGGCGGACGCAAUCUUCGAUCCUCUGAGCAACCUCACGCUCAUCCUCUGCCAUCGCGCUGUGAACAGAGUCGAUGCCCGCCGCUUCCCUUCUGGCAAGGCCCGCCUCGAAACCGCAGGAAACAUUGCCUUCUGCUUCCUCAUGACCGCCGUCUCGCUGGUAUUGAUCGUCAUGUCCAUUCGCGAGCUGACGGACAAGAAUCAUGAUGUCAAGUUCCACUACCCGUCCGUGAUCGCCGUGGGCAUUGCCUUCUGCACGAAACUUGCUCUAUUCCUGUACUGCUUCUCCUUGAGGAACAAGUACAGCCAAGUUCGCAUUUUGUGGGAAGAUCACCGAAAUGAUCUGCUUAUCAACGGCUUCGGAUUGAUGACGAGUGUCCUCGGCAGCAGAGUCAAAUGGUGGAUCGAUCCCAUGGGCGCCAUUAUCCUUUCAGUCCUCAUUUCCUACCUCUGGCUGCGAACCGCAUACGCCGAAUUCCAGCUCCUCAUCGGCGUUUCCGCAUCCACUUCCUUCCUGCAGCACGUCACCUACAUUUCCAUGACGCACGACCCUCGUAUCACCUCUCUGGAUACAGUUCGCGCAUGGCACUCCGGUCCACGGAUCAUUAUCGAAGUGGAUGUUGUCAUGGACAAAGAGCUCACGCUGGGUGAAACGCAUGAUGUGGCGGAGGAUUUGCAGAUGAAACUGGAGAGUUUGCCGGAUGUGGAGAGAGCUUAUGUGCACGUGGAUUACGAGACGGAACAUAGUCCCGAGCACUUUUUGAAGAAGGAGUUGUAAGAGCUUUUGCCUUUCGGCGCGACCGUGUUGCUUAGCAUGGAUGGAGGAUGAUUUGCUUGGCGAUUUUGUUGACAUUUGCUAGAUCUAUCGCGUCGGAUGCGCAGAGUCUUCGAAGACGGUCGAGAGAACAGCAGCAGAUGAGAGAGCGAGAAUUGAGGAGACUGGAGGGCUUGCCCGCCUGAGAACAAGCUAGAGGCGCAUAGGAGGAUAUGAGCCACAACGCCACUCAUUCUUCCACGAUUAUAUAAUAACGAGAUCACGAAUGAUGACCGAGAGAAU